CAUUUCCCAGAGUGCACUUGGGACAUUUGACGCAGAUUUUGAGAUAAAAGUCACCUUGCGUCAUUUCGACCGUUAGAGGCGUUAAAAGCAGCGGCAGCAGGUGGACAGUGUUGAAAUCUUCCUCGGCUUGUGGGGUUGCUUCUUCAAGUAAAGAAACUUUGCCACUGGAGCACAGCUGAAUAUAUCAGUAAACAUGGCCGAAGGCGACAAUAAAAGUGUCAAUCAGUUUGCUCAGGAAACAGCCCAACUAGAGGAACAGCUGCAGGGCUGGGGUGAGGUGAUCCUGGCUGGGGAUCGGGUAAUGCGCUGGGAGAAGCCAUGGUUUCCUGGAGCCUUGAUGGGCGCUGUCACAGUGGUCUUCCUGCUGGUUUAUUAUCUGGACCCCUCUGUGCUGACUGGACUCUCCUGCACUGUCAUGCUGCUCUGCCUGGCUGACUAUCUUGUACCCACCCUUGCCCCCAGAGUGUUUGGCUCUAAUAAGUGGACCACUGAGCAGCAGCAGCGUUUCCAUGAGAUCUGUGGAAACCUGGUGAAGACUCAGCGUCGGGUCGUUGGCUGGUGGAAACGUCUCUGCACCCUCAAGGAGGAGAAGCCUAAAGUGUAUUUUGCCUCUGUGAUCAGCAGCUUGCUGGCGAUGGCCUGGAUCGGCCAGCAGGUCCACAACCUCUUCCUCACCUACCUGAUUGUGAGUUUCCUCCUGCUGCUGCCUGGCCUGAACCAGCAUGGCGUCAUCACAAAGUACACCUCCAUGGUCAAGAGGGAAAUCAACAAAAUGCUAAAGCAAAAGGAGAAGAAGAACGAAUAGAGGGCGUUUGGAUGGGAGAGGAAUCCUUGUGAGGUGAUUCAGGAAUCUGAAGGAGGAAGAAAGUUGCUUAAAGAAAGAAAAAAAAACAAGAGGCUUUUAAUUUCUGAGCUAAUUGCACUUUUGUUUUUCACAUUAGUUAAGUUUUAGUUCUCCACACCUCGCCAUGUGACAUUUAAACCUCAGCCGUCACAUUUAAAAGGAGUACAUGCCUGUUGAACAUAAAGCUACCACAUGAAGACUAUCACAAGUCAAAACCCUCCGUUUCAGACUUCGGCUGUGCUUUCGUGCUGUAAGCGCUCCUCUACUAAACUGUGACUACUGAGCAGUUUUCAAGCAUUGUAGCAUCAUUUUAAAAUGUUUGUGCAGUUUAUUGCAUGAGAAAGGCAGAUCAUAAGCAUUUUUAUCUUUGUUUGUUUGUGCUGAAUUUUGCUCCAUUAUUGGGACGCUCUUUAUAACUAAACUGGAUUUAAGGCUGGAUGUAUCAGACGUUUUUAUCUGAUGAUGGACUUCCUGCUGAAUGAGUGCUGGUGAAAACUGAUCUGUUAGUGCUUAUAAACCCUACUGCGAGUGGGUGGGGGUGUCUCUUUAUGAAACUUGUUUGUUUUCCUGUCCAUUAUUUAUGUUUGUUCUUCCUCAGUCUGUUUCUGGCCUUUAAACUCUUGUCAUUACUGGAGAAACGAUGAAUAAAGUUUGAUUUUUAAGAGAA